GUCUUAAGCUCAAAACCCUACCCACAGCAGCCUCUGUGCUGGGGUUACAUUUCCCGAACAACUUGGGAUGGCCCAAGGUAGGAGUCAGGAUCAGAAAAUGGAUGCACCUUGAAUGAUACUGCCUCCUGACUUGAGAGCCUUCCAGCAUCUGUCAGAAAGAUGGGCACUGCGGUAGCCCUGUUUGCUAGGAAGGCAGCAGGCCCCUAGGGGGGUUGGCUUUUGUCAAAGGUUCAUGGCCAGCCAGCCAGCAGAGAGGCCCAGUCCCUCCAAAACCUAGCCCUGCACACAGUCUCUGGGAGGAAGCGUGUGUAGCAUGCUUGGCCCUGGCCUGGGGUAAAGCAGAAAAGCUACAUCACAUAGUGGGAACUGGGCAGGCCUGCCCACAAUGCCCAUCGGGGUCCAGGUUGAGGCUUCACGUCCUACAGACGAGGCCCUCGCCCAAGCGUUUCUGUAUUCAGAAAGGCUGGAGUUUUUCAGACAAGGCACAGACAGGUUUAACUGUUGAAGGUCACUCAUGUUCUAAGUCAGGGAGCUGGGAUUUGAAACCCUAGGCGGUCUGGCCCCCUGGCUGAGGCCCAGAGAAGGGCCAACAGCAGCCGCAGGGCCGCGCAGCCCCAGCCCCAGAGCUAGGAGCUGCUGGCUCCCUUCCAGCCCCUGGAGGGGGGGAAGCAAUGACAUCUGACACCCAGCCAACUGGGGGCGGAGCAGGGGUGGAGCCAGGGUUCCCAGGUAGCCUGGGAACCACAGCCCAGGCGGCAGAGCGGCCGAGCAGCAUGAAGCAGAGUUGGGGACCAGGGCUGCUCAUCCUGGGAGCAGUGGUCCUCAUCCAGGGUCUUCAGGCAGCACGGCGGGCCUGUGGCCAGCGUGGCCCCGGGCCCCCCGAGCCUCGGGAGGGCGACACAGAAGCCGGCGAGUGGCCCUGGCAGGCCAGCGUGAGGCGGCAGGGAGCCCACGUCUGCAGCGGCUCCCUGGUGGCGGACACCUGGGUCCUCACCGCUGCCCACUGCUUUGAAAAGGCAGCAGCGACAGAACUGGACUCCUGGUCAGUGGUCCUGGGUUCUCUGCAUCGUGAGGGGCUGAGCCCAGGGGCUGAGGAGGUGGGGGUGGCUGCCCUGCGGUUGCCCGGAGACUAUAACCACUACAGCCAGGGCUCCGACUUGGCCUUGCUCCAGCUUGCCCACCCCGUGGCCCACACACCCCUCUGCCUGCCCCAGCCCAUCCAUCAUUUCCCCUUUGGAGGGUCUUGCUGGGCUACUGGCUGGGACCAGGACACCCGUGACACUCCCAGGAUCCUUCGGAAUCUGCGCCUGCGCCUCAUCAGCCGCCCUACCUGUAACUGUCUGUACAACCGGCUGCACCAGCGGCUGCUGGCCAGCCCGGCCCGGCCUGGGAUGCUGUGUGCGGGUGCCCAGCCCGGGGUGCAGGGGCCCUGUCAGGGAGACUCUGGGGGGCCCGUGCUGUGCCGUGAGCCUGAUGGACACUGGGUUCAGGCUGGGAUCAUCAGCUUUGCAUCAAGAUGUGCCCAGGAGGACACUCCCGUGCUGCUCACCGACUUGGCGGCUCACAGCCCCUGGCUACGGGCUCAAGCCCAGGGGGCGGUCUUCCUGGCCCAGAGCCCAGGAACCCUGGAAGCCAGUGAUGAGGACAGCUGUGUAGCCUGUGGAUCCUUGAGGGGCGACGGGCCCCAGGUGGGAGCCCCCUCCCCAUGGCCCUGGGAUGCCAGGCUGAAGCACCAGGGCAAGCUGGCUUGUGGCGGAGCCCUGGUGUCAGAGGAGGUGGUGCUGACGGCUGCCCACUGCUUCAUCGGGCGCCAGACCCCAGAGGAAUGGAGUAUAGGGCUGGGGGCCAGCCCGGAGGAGCGGGGCCUGAAGCAGAUCAUCCUGCAUGGGGCUUAUACCCACCCGGAGGGGGGCUACGACGUGGCCUUCCUGUUGCUAGCCCAGCCAGUGACGCUGGGCCCCCACCUGCGGCCCCUCUGCCUGCACUACGCUGACCACCAGCUGCCUGACGGGAAACGUGGCUGGGUCCUGGGGCUGCCCCAUCAAGGAGCAGGCACCAGCCCUGCCCAGACAGUGCCCGUGACCCUCCUGGGGCCUAGGGCCUGCAGCCAACUGCAAGCGGCCCCUGAGAACAAUGGCGUCCCCGUUCGGCCGGGGAUGGUGUGUGCGAGUGUGGCGGGUGAACCGCCCCACUGUGAGGUCCUGUCCGGGGCACCGCUGGUGCAUGAGGUGAGGGGCGCGUGGUUCCUGGCUGGACUGCACAGCUUUGGAGACGCCUGCCACGGCCCUGCACGGCCCGCCGUCUUCACGGCGCUCCCCACCUACGAGGACUGGGUCAACAGUUUGGAGUGGCAGGUGUACUUCGCCGAGGAGCCUGAGCCCGAGCCCGAGGGAGCACCUGGCAGCUGCCUGGCCAACUCAAGCCAGCCAGCCAGCUGCUGACAGGGGACUGGACUGCUCGCCGGAGGCGUCGACAGUGAGGCAACGCCCAUGCCCCUCGCCACCCUGGCCACGUGCAGCUCUGGGCCCUGGGGCAGGCCCUCCAGCAGGUGCCUCGGCCCCCCCGCACCCCUGUGGACAGGGAUGCUGCCUGCUGAUGCUCCCACACCCAGCUCCCCAGCUCUGCUCCGUGCCGCGGGUGUCCCCCAGUGUCCCCCACCCUUCACCCCUCAGACACAACCACAGCGGCUGCAUGUUUUGAAAAUCUGUGGUUUUUUUUUCCUUGGUGGGGGUGGGGAGCAAUUGUCCUUUUUUUAAACUUAAAUAAAUUGUUACAAAAUAGAUUUUAGAAAAUAA